CCUCACAGACUCAGAGACAGGACAAGAGGUCUAGCAAAGACUUUUGCUGUAGUUGGCUUGGCCUGGGAUUAGCCAGAGAGUGUUGACUAGAGCAAAGAUGAAUUCUGAAGAUUGUUCCAUAACAGAGAACAGCUCCUUGCGUCCGGAGAGAGGACAACAAAGUACCACCGCCAGCCCUCAGUUUGCAACACAGCAUGAAGGGUCCCUUCAAGUUCCUAUCCCAUGUGCUGUAUUGAAUGUGGUCUUUAUCACUUGUUUAAUCAUUGCUCUCAUCGCUUUAUCAGUUGGCGAAUACAACUGUCCAGGACAAUGUUCACACUCAGUGCCGUCAAAUAGCCCUGUUUCUUCAUGCUCAGAUGAUUGGCUUGCAUACCGGAGGAAAUGCUACUUUAUUUCCACUGUAACAAAGGACUGGAAGGCAGCACAAAACUUUUGCUCUGAACACGGGGCUACUCUUGCCUUCGUUGAUUCUGAAGAGGACAUGAUCUUUUUAAAACGAUAUGUGGGUAGAGCCGAACAUUGGAUUGGGCUGAAAAAUGAAGAUGGUCGGACGUGGAAAUGGUCAGAUGGCAAAGUAUUCAAUAACAGGUUCAACCUUACGGGAUCUGAGAACUGUGCAUUUCUGAAUAGCACAGGGGUCAUCAGCACAGAAUGUGAAAGGAAUUUAUACUGGAUAUGUAGUAAGCCCUUCAAAUAAUGAGGAAACAUAUUUGCUUCUAGACUAUGGUGACUUGGAACUCGAGGAAAUUUGUGUUGAUGGAUGCUGCUUUAUGGUCAGAAAUUUUCCAUAAAGACUUUGGGGAAAAAAAAAAACCUUCGUAUUAUUUUGGAAACCUUCUUCCAAAUGAGACUAUGGAAAAAAGGAAAAGAAAUUCCAGGUUACCCAGCCGUGAGCUGAAAAAGGCACAGGUUGCCUAAUCAUUCAUUACGUGCAAAAAUGAGAAUGACUUUAAGCCUUAUGGAUGCACUUUAUAUUUUAAAAUUCAGAAAUAGUAAAAUAACUAGGCUUAGAGUUAUUAUUUAUUGUUGAAUGACUGCCGAAACUGAGUGUGCUCCUCAUAUUUGCACUAUUUGAAGAUGUUAACUGGUGGUAUUAAAAACCAAAUGUCAACAUAAGAAAUUUUUUUUUAAUUUUUUUUUCAAUGUUUUUUAAUUAUUUUUGGGACAGAGAGAGACAGAGCAUGAACGGGGGAGGAGCAGAGAGAGAGGGAGACACAGAAUCGGAAACAGGUUCCAGGCUCUGAGCCAUCAGCCCAGAGCCUGACGCGGGGCUCGAACUCAGGGACCGCGAGAUCGUCACCUGAGCUGAAGUCGGACGCUUAACCCACUGCGCCGCCACCCAGGCGCCCCGUCAACCUAAGAAAUUUUAACCGGUAGUGCAGACAUUUAGUCUAAAUGCAUUUUUUGAACAAAAAAAUCAGAGAACAUUUCUAAGUGGACAAAUGCUUAUGAAACUAAGCUUCAUAAUAUUUUUCUCUUUAUAGAGAAGUUUGCCAAGUUACUUUGUCAUUUUCCUGCCGAAAGUGUGGGAGAAUCAUGUAUUUAUAUGGUUUGUUGGGUUUUGUUUUUGUUUUUGUUUUUGUUUUUAGUUCUAUGUAACUCAUCUUUUCCAAUGGUACCUACUUCAUUGUCUUAAAAAUCUUACAUGUAGCAUUUUACAGAGACGCAGACAAACGCAAAGACUAUAACGGGUAUUCGUGAAGCAGAUGCAAGUGUUGGAAAAUGUGCAAUAUGUGAUGUGGUAAAUUUCUAUCGGGAAAAAGUCUGUAUUCUUCAAACCUGGAAUAGUCACGUCUUAUCUGGCUAUAAAUUUGUACCUUUCCUAAUCAAUUCUCCCAUGUGCAAUGCUUCAGAUGAAGUAUUUUCUGAGUGCAAUAGUGUUUCUUUGUCUUUCGUAUUCACUGCCAUUAUAAGCUGAUUUUGUGUAAGUUAAAAUAAAGGUAGAAUCCACAAAA